AUGGCGCCUCGUGGACCCGGUCGGGGAUGUGAGAGAGAUCGUUCUAGUACACAGGAACCGGAAAUCAACUCGAAUAGCCCGGUAAACCUUAUGGCGGCGUUGGAGAAUAUGGCUGCUGCUAUGCAGGCCACUGCGGAGGCCCUUGGGCAACAGAUAAACAAUAAUGGCAAUGGCGGAAGGGAAGCUCAGGGCCCGAUGACACUGGCAACUUUCUUAAAGGUUAACACACCUAAGUUCAAGGAAACCACCAAUCCAACUGAAGCUGAUACUUGGUUUCAAGCCAUGGAGCGAGCACUGCAAGCGCAGACAGCCAAGGAAUUGGAGUUACUACAGUUGAAGCAAGGUGCUAUGUCUGUAUCUGAGUAUACAGACAAAUUUGAGGAGCUAUUCAGGUUUUCCCGCAUGUGUCAUGGAGCUCCGGGAGACUUCGAGGAAUGGAAAUGCAUUAAGUAUGAAGAAGGGCUUCGGAGUGACAUCUUAAGUUCAGUGGGACCAAUGGAGAUCCGAACUUUUUCAGAGUUAGUGAAUAAGAGCAGAAUUACUGAAGAGUGUGUGAAACCGAGUAAGGAAUUGCCUUAA